AGAUCUCACGACGGCACCCGUUCGAGCGGUCGAGCGGUUCGAGCGAUUUAGUUGCAAAAUUACACACUCGGCGAAAUGUUGCCUUUGUUGGUCCGAGCAAAUUAAAAAAUUAUAAAAAAUAUUAUUCUGAACAGUAAACUAUUAUUAACAAAGCAAUCUAUCGCAGGCAUCGAGCAACAAUAAUUAAAAAAUUUUUUUGUGUGUCUUUGCAGAGUUGGAAUGAUAUUUUCUUAAAACAGUGCAGUGAAGUGAGUGUUAAAAAUUAAUAAAUUAGUUAAUAAUAAUAAAUUAAUAACGAUCAAGAGAAUUAUAAAUAAAUUUAAUAUAAAAAGUUGAUCAAACUUAAAAAGCUGAAAAGUGUUCAAACAUUUCAUUAUCAUUUUAAAGGAUACCUCGAAAAAAUAUAAAUUUUAAGCCACACUAACCUAACAAUACUCCCAAUAUAUAUAAGCUUCUACAAUUAACUUCAUUAAAACAUCAAAUAAAAUGGCGAAAAUGUAGCAAACAUGGCACAUGUCCUGCGACCAAGCAAAAACAUUCUUCAUAAAAAUCGUGAUUAGGACGUGUUGUACCCAAACGCGCUAAUGCAGACGAUAUGGGCACAACAUGGCCUCAUCACAGAUACUACAAUUCGAUAACACAGCAACUACAUCAACAAUUACAACAAAGGCAACUAUCACACAAUCAACUAUCGAACAAAUUAACGGAUUCAAAUCCGGAACUUUCGAAAUACUAUCGAAAUCUCAACAGCAACAACAGCAACAACAACAAAUCCUAUAUUUGCUUGAAAAGCAAAGCAAAGAAUUGCUUGACAUCGGCCGGAAGCAAUUUGCUGAAAAAAAAUCGUCAUUGCCAUCAAAGCCCAGCAGCAAGAAUAACAUUUCUGCCCAAACUGAAAAACUGGAAAACAAACAGCCACAUUCUUCAAGCAUCAUUACAACUGCCCCGAUUGCAUGUGACCCUGAGGAGCAAAAGGAAACAGAAAAGACACAGCACAGAACAAAACAUCAUCAGAUUACACAAUUACAACAACACCAACAACUACAACAACAACUACAAAUACAGGAAGAAGAACGGGAAAAGCACCCACAAUUUCAAAAGGAAAGAAAACCAAGGAAUAAUAAUAUAUGCGAGGUUUUCACCGUUGAAACCGUUGAAGCAACAUGGAAAACUGUGUCAAAUUCUACACCUACGAAAUCGACACAGGAACACAAAUAUUUGCAACAAAAUCAAGCAGAAUGGAUGCAACUACCAACACAAAGCACAGAUGAUGCACAGGCAUCCGUGUGGCACCUCGGAAAAAACGGAUAUCAGAAAGGUACGCAUUACGGAAAGCAUGCAACACAAAUACAACAGCAACGAGGAAAAGAAAACAACCCAAAAAGGAUGCAAGCACAGGAUAACACAACAAGUGAUUAUGCACUCAACAUCAUCAACAAUAACAACAACAACAACAAUAACAAUGACAAACAUAUUGCAAACACAAAUGAAACAAUGUUGGAUUCCUAUACAAAGCAAGCAACAGCAGCUAAGAGCAACAGCUGCAGCACUGAUUUUAAUAAACUACAAAAAAAUGGUGCUCACAAAGAAAGAGAAAACGCAACUGUCAACAACAAAACAAUUAAUAAUACUGUUUACGCAACCGCCUCAAGCCAUUGGCCGGUCUGCUAUUGUUGCCAAACUACUGCUAAAGACAGCAACAAAUUUACUACAGGGAUACACGUAUCGCAUAAGCAACAAACUGCAACACAAGUCUCCUUAUACAAAAGCUGCCAAAAUUUUGCAACAUGUUGCCGAGCAACUGUGCAUGCAAGCGAGCAACAUGCAAUUAAUAAACAAUCACUUAAUGCUUCCAGAAAUCGCAAAACCAAUGCAAACUGUAAUGCCAGAACAGCAGCCGCAAAUGUUGCUAAGCAAUCAGCAACAUCAAGCAACACAAAACCAAAUACAACUUUUAUAUCGAAACAACGAACAUUUUUUACAGCAACUAAUGACUGCAACAAUUGCCAAAAACGCGAAGAAUCUAUUGACAACGGAAGAAAAACUGACGAGGAUAGCAAUCGCACGAGACCUUUGUCUACACUACAAUUGGUUACUGAGAAAACUUUCAAUAUAUUUUCGGAUUUGCAAAAAUUUGGACGCGCUCUUUUCUCACUUCUUAUCAUCUUUAAUAUGCUGCCUCUAUUUUAUGCAGGUACGCAUAUAUUAAGCACAAAUCAAUGCGAUCAAACUUUCGUUUCACGUAUUGGUGGCCCCCAAAAUGGCACAUUUUCUGCUCCGCUCUUGCACAAUCACAAAAAUCAUUCACGUCAAUGUCUCUAUACUUUCCUAGCAGGACCUGGCCAACGAGUUGAAGUAAUAUUUACCUCAUUCAAUUUACGAGGGAGUCCACCUGACGGCUCGGCUGUUGGUGAAUUACCAAAUUGUGUUCAUGAAUACAUGGAUAUAUAUUCCGAAGUGCAGUCGUCUGAUCCAGCUGAGUUAAUAAACUCACCAUUUGGUGGGCGUUAUUGUGGCACAAUACCGCCACGGCGUCGUAUUUCCAUGUAUCGCGCAAUUGCCAUCUCUUUUUUUACUAACAAAAACAUAACAAUGCCUGAUUUAUUCGAAGGAACCUAUAGAUUUAUAAAUGCAUCGGAAUAUGAAAUUGGUAUACCAAUUGCGGGUUCACCAUGUUCCUACACCAUCACGCCUAGCAUGAGUAUUAACAAAUCUGGUGCUUUAAUAUCGCCAACCUAUCCAGGUGCUUAUCCAAAGGAUAUGUCAUGCACAUAUCAAUUUCUUGGCGAAACAAAUCAAAGAGUUAGACUAGAAUUUCGCGAUUUUGAUCUAUUUUUUGGUGGACCACACUGCCCAUUUGACUAUGUCAAGGUGUAUGACGGUCCUGACAAUUCGUCAGCAUUAAUCGGUACAUAUUGCGGACAGCAAAGAAAUUUAGUUUUAUACUCAAGCGAAUCGAGCCUUUUUGUUCAUUUUUAUACGUUACCAAGAACCGCAAAUACGCAAAAUCGUGGCUUUAAGGGAAUUUAUGAAUUUAGCGAAAGUUUUGUUAAAUUAGAUUUUAUACGUGAAAACGAUGGCAUUCACAUACGUGGCUCAGAAUGUGACCAAAAGAUAUUAUCGAAAAAGGAAUCAACUGGUUUUGUGCUUUCACCAAAUUAUCCUUAUCCGUAUAUACAAAAAACAGUAUGCAGAUAUUUCAUAUAUGGCAUGCAAGAUGCUCAACACUUGGAACGCGUGCGUUUAGAGUUUAUGGCAUUCAAUAUACCAAAGGUGGAGCACAAGGAUAAGAGCGAGUCCAACUGUAGUGAUGGUUACUUAAAGAUAUAUCUAAAAGGUCAGGAAACUGCUGAUGCAUAUGAUAAAUUCGACUACGAACUCUGUGGUAAUGAAACACAGCGUGUUGUUAGCGAUGGACCACGUUUGGCAAUGGUUUUCAGUUCAGGCGAGCUGCAAGGACGUGGUUUCAAAGGAAAGUAUACCUUCGAAACGGAGUAUAAAAUACCAGGUACUGCUGCUCCAGAUGGCACAUGCAGUUUCACAUAUGUGAGCAGUUCUAAGAAACGCGGUGAAUUAAACAGUCCACGUUAUCCAUCCAAUUAUCCUUCAGAGACAAACUGUUCGUAUUUGUUCUUAGCAGAACCCAAUGAACAAGUAACAAUUGUCUUCGAUCAUUUUAAAGUAAAAGCAGAUGGAAAUGCAAAUGCAACAGUCGGCGCCUACGGCUCUGGUGCAUGCUUUGAAGACUGGCUGGAAAUGUAUGUUGUCUAUCGUGACAAUAACGAUCGUUUUCUUGGUCGCUAUUGUGGUUUCACAGCACCCGGCCCCGUUGAGAGCCCAAGGGGUGCGGUUGGUCUGCGCAUCACUCUUCAUACAGACCAGGAAAAUGUUGCCAGUGGCUUUAAAGCGCGUUAUUUCUUCGAAGCAGCCAAAUCUGAUGUUGGCGAUUGCGGUGGCAAUUUCUCGAAUGAAGACUCUGGCAUUAUACUGUCGCCCAAUUAUCCGGGCUAUAAAGCACCAAGCAAAGGUAUGGCAUCAAUGGCUUGCAAUUGGGUAAUGACAGCACGUCCCGGUUAUAAGCUAUCUAUAAAUUUUGAAAUUUUCUCACUAGAAGGCGACCCAGCAAAUCGCGGUUGCCCAGCAGCUGUUUUACGUUUAUGGGUAAAUGUCGAUUCAGAUCAACCACCAUUGGAAUUGUGUGGUGAAAAACCACCAGCGGAACCAUGGCACUACAUAUCCACAGGACAAACUGCACGUAUAAGUUUCACAACCAGCGAUAAAACCGUUGGUGCACCGGGCUUCCGUAUUGUAUGGACUGAAAUCCAAGAUUCUGGUCCAGGACCUCCAUCUAUUGGAUUACUUUGCGAAUCAACAUUCCACUUUCAAUGUGAAGUUGGAUACUGUAUUUCAGAUAAAUUACGUUGCGAUGGCAUUAAAAAUUGUGGUCCUGGUGAUGAUUCGGACGAAAUGCACUGUGAGUCGUGAGUGAGUCGAACGGUUCAGUUCAUUUUCUUUUGUUAAAGUUUUUU